AUGCAUCUACUCCAAAGCCUGCUCCCGCUUGGAAAGCCAUGGCCAUCCCCAAUUCCCCGAUUCAUUCUAGACACGAACCACCCCUGGCUCGCAACCAACAAAGCAUGGCUCUCCCGCUACCCAAACGUCGCCAAAUCACUCUGCUCCCGAGACUCCCCUCUAUGGACGUCCCCCGUCGCGCCCGACCAUGCGCUACCCGAGGAUCUCUUCACCCACCUCCUUAUCGACAACAACAGGUUUCAAUACCACAGCUGCCAGGAGCGACUGGGCUGGUCCAAUGCACGCGAUCGGCUACGAGAAAUGGCAGCCUGCGAGGCUGCUCUGGCGGACGUACAGCACUUGCACGUCGAUGUCUACAUCCACGAUAGUGAGUACUCUACGUAUGUGGAGCCCACCUCUCCACCGCCUGCCCUUCCGGAGUUGUUUGCGGAUGUGCUCGCACGAAUGAGCAACCUAGAGAGGCUCGAUUGGGGCAUUAGCAGCGAGGCAACGCGGGCCUUUGAACCUGCUUUCGUGGUGAAGGACUUGACGUUGCCGAGCGUUAAGUACUUGCAGCCAGGAGCCGGGAGUGAUUACCUCGUCUCGCGGUGUCCUAAUUUGGAGGUACUGGAGGCAGGAGAUUAUUCUCACCAUUGGAGCUGGAGGACGGGUAGCGGCCAUCGCCUCGACCUGGUCAAAGCAUCAACGGGGCUGAAGAAUCUUAAAGAGUGGCGACUUGCAGCAGGAUGGGACGGUUGGACAUUACAUUUGCUCGAAGAUAUCCUUGACGCGACGCCGAAUAUCACGAGUCUGCGCAUGGACGGUAAUCUGUAUGACCUGGAAAAUCUACAACUCCCCCCUUCCAGCGACCUAGAUUUGGGCUUCGAUGGAGGGCAUUGGUGCGGGAAUGCAUAUGAUGGGCCAGAGGGCAGAGUCUAUGGGCGGGCAGUGACGCAACAAGACGCUGAAACAACCGAACUGGCAGCGAAUAUCACCCUGAGCGCGUUACCUCAUCUGAAGAGCCUGAGGAUUGGCUCCGCGUGUGCGAAUCUCACGUUGAAUGGUCGUGGGCAACCAGACAUGACGUGGCCGUGGACAGGGAGGAUGGAGCAAUACACUUAUGAGAUAUGGGAAGAGUAA